GAGCAGUUCUCUCUCUCUCUCUCUCUCUCUCUCUCUCUCUCGGCGUUCCAUCCAUCCGCCGCCGGGGAGCCACCACGCCGUCCGUCGAUAGGCUUCCGCCCGCUGACGCCUUCCUCGACGGCCGCCACCUACUGCUAAAGCCUACUUGGCGGCCACCGUCGCAGAAAGACUGGCAAAAGCUGCAACGGAAGUGAACUCACUAUCUCAGGAAGCAACCAUCAAGACUGCUCUGCAAGGCGAGCUGGGCGGCUAGAGAUCAACAACUGCUGAGCAGGCAGUGAACUUGACAUGUCUUUGCACUUGCAACAACAACAGGGGACAUAUUGUACUAGUCAAGUCUUGCAGAAAGAAGAGAAGAUGGACAGAUUGUACUAGUGAAGUCUUGCACAGAUCAAAAAAAAGAGAAGGAGAAGAUGGAGUUUGUAGUGGGUGCUUCGGAGGCCACCAUGAGAUCUCUACUAGGCAAGCUGGGCGGCCUCCUUGCCCAAGAGUACACUCUGAUCCGUGGUGUCCGCGGCGACAUCCAAUACAUCAACGAUGAGCUCGCCACCAUGCAGCCCUUUCUUGGCGACCUCGGCUCUGCCCUGGACGACCACGACCGCCGGCUCAAGAGCUGGAUGAAGCAGAUCCGUGACAUGGCAUACGACAUGGAAGACUGCGUCGAUGACUUUGCUCAUCGCCUCCCUCAGGACUCUCUCAGCAAUGCAAGAUGCUCCUUCAUCGUGACCAUAGUCUACGAGCUGUGGACGUUCUGGCCUCGCCGCGACAUUGCUUCCAAGAUUGCUGAGCUCAAGGUCCGGGCACAACACAUUGCUGAGCGGCGCAGCAGAUAUGGAGUGGACAACCCAAUCCCAAGAAGCUCUAGAGCCGGAGCAACCCAUGCUGUUACAUAGAAGCUCGGGGGUUCACUAACCAAACGUGAUAAAGGCUCUCAUCGAGCUGUUGUGUCCUUGAUUGGAUUCGGUGGUGUGGGAAAGACCACCAUUGCCAUGGCACUGUACCGAGAUUUCAGGAAUGAAUUUGACUGCCGGGCAUCGGUCACAGUAUCUCAGAACUUUGACGAAGAUGAAGUCCUUAGGGGUAUUCUUGGUCAAAUCAAGCCAACAAAUAGUCAAAUCAAGCCAAAGGAGGAGAAGGAGGGCAGCAACAUAGGGAAGUUGGAGAAGAAAAGCCUAGUGGCAGACAUUAAAAGCUCAGUGAAGCGAGUUGUGCCACUGCUCUCUGGUCACAAGACGCAAAGCAAUGAUGGUAGCACGAAGAGUAAGAUAGAAUCAAUGAACCAUGACCAACUUAUCGAAGAAAUCAAAAAGCGGCUGGAUGGAAGGAGGUAUCUCCUCUUGGUUGAUGAUAUAUGGUCUGUAGAAACAUGGGAGACCAUUAGAAAUUGGUUGCCACAUGAUAAUACAAAAGAUAGUAGAGUGAUAGUAACUACAAGAUUUCAAGCUGUUGGUGCGGCAUGCUCAGAAAGAGAUGGAACUGAUUAUCUGCACACUGUUAAUGUUCUAAGUGAUGAUGACUCCAAAAGUCUAUUUAAUCAGGGUGUUUCUGAAUGCCCAAGCAGCAAAGAAAGCGAAAGAAUGGAUACAAGAUCUCAAGCUAUUGAUACUGAGUCCUCUAAAGGAGAUGGACCUGAUCAUCUGCAUUCAGCUGAUGUUCCUAGUGAUGCCGAUGCAAAAGAUUUGCUGAAGGAUCGUGUUUCUGAUCCACAAGGCAGCAAAGGUUGGGAGAAAGAAGAGGUCCAUGAGGAGAUAUGGAAAUAUUGUGGAGGUCUGCCUUUGGCCAUAGUCACCAUGGCUGGCCUUGUGGCUUGCAACCCAACAAAAAACAAUGAUCAUUGGAGUAAAGUUUGCAAGUCAUUAUUUCCAGAGCAGGUGGCUCCCCUUACAUUGGAGGGGGUCACAAGGAUACUUGAUUAUUGCUAUAAUGAUUUGUCUGCAGAUCUCAAGACCUGCUCAUUGUACUUGAGCAUAUUCCCCAAAGGCUCAAAAAUUAGUAAGAAGCGUCUGACCCGGCGAUGGAUAUCUGAAUGUUUCGUCGCUGAGAAGCAAGGGCUGAGUGCAGAGGAAGUCGCAGAAACAUACUUCAACCAGCUCGUAAGCAGGAAGAUAAUACGCCCUGUGGAUCACAGUAGCAAUGGGAAGGUGAAAUCCUUUAAAGUUCAUGACAUGAUUCUCGAAUAUAUCGUGUCCAAGUCAAGCGAAGAGAAUUUUAUUACUGUUGUUGGUGGCCAUUGGUUGAUGCCAACUCCUAGCAACAAAGUUCGUCGACUCUCUAUGCAAAGCAGCGGUUCUAGGCAUGGGAAUUCAACAAAAGGUAUGAACUUGUCUCAAGUGCGGUCGCUGACAGUGUUUGGAAGCCAGAACCGACCACUCCCUUUCGAGUCGUUCAACAAUGGAAUAAUACAAGUGCUGGACCUUGAAGGUUGGAAGGGUCUUACAAAUAAACAUCUAAUUGACAUAUGUAAAAUGCUUGUGCUGAAGUAUUUGAGCCUCCGACGAACAGAGGUUUCUGAGAUUCCCUCAAAGAUUGAGAAGCUCCAGUAUCUAGAAACUCUUGACAUAAGGGAGACAAAUGUUGAGGUGCUGCCCAAGGGUUUUGGACAGCUCAAGCAGCUCCGUAGCAUGCUUGGAGGGAACAAAAACACAAGGAAGGCACUGAAGUUACCACAUGAGAAGAAUAAGGAGCCGAUGAAAGCACUUCGUAUACUGUCAGGGAUUGAGAUCGAUGAGGACUCAUCAGCUGUAGCAAGCCUUCAUCAGCUGACUGGGCUAAGAAAGCUCGCCAUUUACAAGAUCAGUAAACGGGAGGGCGGUCAGACCUUCACACAAUUACGCUCCGCCAUCGAGUACCUCUGCAGCUGUGGUCUGCAGACUCUUACAAUCAAUGAUGAGGGCUCUGAUUUUAUUAAUUCAUUGGACACUAUGUCCGCUCCUCCAAGAUACAUCAUUGGCCUGGAGUUGUCUGGCAAGAUGGAAAAGCCCCCAGAGUGGAUUAAAAAUCUCAAUAAUCUCUACAAGCUAACCCUUUCUGUGACAGUUCUUCAGACUCGUACAUUUCAGCUCAUUCAGGACUUACCAAAAUUUUUUACUCUCACCUUUACACUCAGCGUAGCCAAGGAUGAUAGGGACAUAGUGGACAUCCUUGAGGAAAAUAAACAGCUUACUGAUAGGGAGAUCAUUGUUCCACCUGGAGGAUUCAAGAGUCUAAAGCUGCUUCGCUUCUUUGCAACUCUGGUGCCACGGCUGAGCUUUGCAGUUACAGGAAAAGAGGUAAUGCCAGCACUGGAGAGGAUUGAUAUGCGAUUCGAAGCCUUUGAAGGGAUUUAUGGCAUCGAGACUCUUAAAAGCCUCCAAGAGGUGCAUCUCAGUGUUGGUAAUCAAGCAGAUGAAAUAACAAAGUUCUUGGUAGAAGAUUUGAAGGACACCCCUAAGUAUUUGGACAAAAAGUACGCUGACAAGUGGCCAAAGAUAAUCACCGAGUGAAGAAGGUUGGAAGAUGUCACAUUGUCUUUUGGUUGACCAACAAAUCAUCUGGUACGUAUUGUAUAAUUAAGUGGAGGCUGUUCCUUCAAAUCUGCGUCGCCUUCUUGAGAGGGCUAAAUAAACAGACAGAAUCCAUUAUUGAUUCUUGUAAUGUGUGUGUAUGUGGUACUGCUAAAUCCGUUACUCAUUCCUGUAAUUUGUACUUCUAUUGUAAUCUUACUUCCAUUAUUGAUCUUUUUUAACUUGCGUUGUAAUGCUCGAAGAUUUCUUGUAUAUGACCAUACUGUAGCCAACUACGGCAUGUUUUGUGUUUAUAAAAAGCCAAUUUUUAGUCCAGCAUACAA